ACACAAGGCAAUGGUUGUAGUGCAUUGAGUGUUUACUUCACACUGAUACAGCACACCGCUUCAUGUGUUUAUUUCAGUCUCUCCUGCACACUCUGUUGAGGCUGAAGAAGAAUGGAAAGUUGAAAUUGUUUCAGAGCCAUCUGAGUCAGGACUACCCAGAAUGCUUUAGGACUCUGUCUGAAGAUCCUUCUGUGCUGGAGAAGUUCAUGAAGAUGAAGGAAUCGUUCAAGAGUCAUCAAAGCCAUGAUUACCCAGAAUGCAGUGUGAGAGAGCAGGAGGAUCCUGAGGUCCUGUACAUUGUUGAGAAGAUGCUGGAGACCUGUGGCAGUGAGAGGUCUCUGAAGAUCACACUCCACAUCCUGAAGAACAUGAAGCAGAAGGAUCUCACUGACUCACUGGAGAGAGAUGAGCAGCACAAUGAAUCCAUUAAAAGAGCCCAGCAGGAACUGAAAACUCAUCUGAAGAAGAAGUUUGAAUACAUAUUUGAAGGUUUAGCAGUGCAGGGCCACACAACUCUCCUCAAUGAGAUCUAUACAGAGCUCUACAUCACAGAGGGGGGAAGUGGAGGGGUCAAUAAUGAGCACGAGGUCAGACAGAUUGAGACAGCAUCCAAGAGACAAACCACCCAGGAGACUCCAAUCCUCUGCAAUGACAUCUUUAAGCCUUUACCUGGACAAGAGAAAUGCAUCAUAACUGUGCUUACAAAGGGCAUCGCUGGCAUUGGGAAAACCGUCUCUGUGCAGAAGUUCAUUCUGGACUGGGCAGAAGGAAAAGCCAAUCAGGACGUUGAUUUCAUCUUCACUCUUCCUUUCCGAGAUCUGAAUCUGAAGAAGGAAAGAGCAUUCAGUCUGAUGCAACUUCUGCAGCACUACUUUCCACAACUGAAAGAGAUCAAAAGUGUUGAAGGUGAUGAAGUCAAAGUUGUGUUUAUCUUUGAUGGUCUGGAUGAAUGUCGACUUCCUCUACAUUUCCAAAGCAAUGAGAUCUGCUGUGAUAUAACAGAGUCAUCAUCAGUGGAUGUGCUGCUGACCAACCUCAUUAAGGGGAAUCUGCUUCCUUCUGCUCUCCUCUGGAUCACCUCCCGACCUGCAGCAGCCAAUCAGAUCCCUCCUGAGUGCAUCCACCAGGUGACAGAGGUACGAGGGUUUAAUGACCCACAGAAGGAGGAGUACUUCAGAAAGAGAAUCAGAGAUCAGAACCAGGCCACCAGAAUCAUCUCACACAUCCAGUCAUCCAGGAGUCUCGACAUCAUGUGUCACAUACCAGUCUUCUGCUGGAUUUCUGCUACUGUUCUGGAGACAAUGUUGGGUAAAGUAGAGAGUGGAGAUCUGCCCAAAACUCUGACUGAAAUGUACACACACUUCCUGCUCAUUCAGACUAAUGUGAAGAAUCUGAAGUAUCGUGGCUCUGAUGAAACAAACCCAAAGAUGUCAGCAUCAGAUACAGAAAUCAUCCUGAAACUGGGGCAGCUGGCUUUUGUACAGCUGGAAAAGGGCAAUCUGAUAUUCUAUGAAGAGGAGCUGAGAGACAGUGGCAUUGAUGUCAGUGAAGCUUCAGUGUACUCUGGGGUGUGUACAGAGAUCUUUAAAGAGGAGCGUGGGUUGGGUCAGGAGAAGGUCUACUGCUUUGUGCAUCUGAGCAUUCAGGAGUAUCUGGCCGCCUUGUUUGUGUUUCAUUCAUGUGUAAAUGAAAACAGAAAUGUGCUCAGAGCAGAAGAAUCAAAACCUCACAGUGGCAGAGUGCAGCUGUCUCAGUUACACAGGAGGGCAGUGGAUCAGGCCUUAGAGAGUGAGAACGGACACCUGGACCUUUUCCUCCGAUUCCUUCUCGGCCUCUCUCUGGACUCCAUUCAGCCCCUCUUAGGAGGACUACUCACCCAGACAGGAAGAUCUGAUGGAGGACUCUUUCAGAGACUACAGAUAGAAAGCAGAUCAGGGAGCAUCAAGAAAACAGUCCAGUACAUUAAGGAGAAGAUCAAAUGUGAAUCUUCCGCAGAGGGGACCAUGAAUCUGUUCCACUGUCUGAAUGAACUGAAUGACAACUCUGCAGUGGAGGAAAUCCAGAAUUCCCUGAGAUCAGGAAAACUUUCUGAUAAAGAGCUGCAACCCCACCAAUGUUCAGCUCUGGCCUUUGUGUUACUGAUGUCAGAGGAGAUCCUGGAUGAGUUUGACUUGAAGACCUACAACACAUCAGAAGCAGGUCGUCACAGACUACUACCAGUAGUCAGAAACUGCAGGAAGGCCAAACUGAACAGCUGUGGCCUAAGUGAGGAGUCCUGUGAAAUUGUGGCCUCAGCUCUCCAGUCAUCAAACUCACCCCUGAGAGAUCUGGACCUCAGCAGCAAUAACCUGGGAGAUUCAGGAGUGAAGCUGCUCUGUGCUGGACUGAUGAGUCCAAACUGUAAACUACAGAGACUGGGGCUGGGUUGGUGUAAUCUCACAGAGGGCUGCUGUGAUGUUCUGGCCUCAGUCUUGCGUUCUCCUCACUCAGAGCUGAGUGAUCUGGAGCUGAGAGACAACGAGCUGCAGGAUUCAGGAGUGAGAGCGCUCUCUGCUGGACUGGAGGACCCACACUGUAAACUGCAGAGACUGGGGCUGUCAGGCUGUAGAGUCACACAGAGAGGCUGUGAUUCUCUGGCUUCAGCUCUGUGUUCAAACCCCUCACACCUGAGAGAGCUGGACCUGAGAUACAAUCACCCAGGAGACUCAGGAGUGAGAGCGCUGUCUGCUGCUAAACUGGACACACUCACACUGCUUGUGGAACAUGGAGGAGAGAACAGGAUCAAACCAGGACCCAGGAAAUACGGCUGUCGGCUCACACUGGAUCCAAACACAGCGCACAGAGAGCUGUCUCUGUCUGAGGGGAACAGGAAGGUGACACACACACGGGGGAGAGAGGAGCCAUAUCCUGAUCAUCCAGAGAGAUUUGAUGUCUGGGAGCAGGUUCUGUGCAGAGAGAGUGUGUGUGAGCGCUGUUACUGGGAGGCUGAGUGGAGUGUGUCUGAGGGGGGAUGGGUUGAAAUAGCAGUGACAUAUAAAGGAAUCAGCAGGAAAGGACGGGGUGAUGACUGUAGGUUUGGAAUGAAUAAAAACUCCUGGAGUCUGUGGUGCUAUAAACACUGUUACUCUGUCUGGCACAAUAAGAACCCCACACCCCUACCUGCCCCCUCCCCCUACCACAGAGCAGGAGUGUGUGAUGAUGGUGCUGGUGCAGGAGUGUGUGUGUACAGGGUAGGAGUGUGUGUGGACCGUCCGGCUGGCACUCUGUCCUUCUACAGCGUCUCUGACUCUGACACACUGACCCUCCUGCACACACUCCACACACACUUCACUCAACACACACCCCUCUGUGCUGGGUUUAGAGUGUGGAGGGGCUCAGUGUCCCUCUGCCAACUGGAGUAGAGACACACACACCCCUCCACCCCACACACACACACACUGUGUGUCUGUGGCGGCGGGCUGGGUAUCUGGGGCGGUCCGUCCUAUUCGCGCCUUUCCUGGCACGGAGAUCCACGUCCCCGCUUUGUCGCCCGGUUCUGCGUCGUUGGCUGUUUCUCGUGCGUGCUGGCUCCGCAUCCGUCUCCCUUACUGCUCAGCCCCGUUCUGUGGUUGUGCCCGGCCUUUUGUAGGGCUCCUCUCUCUCUCCAACUCGUCCCAGCUGCGCCUGUCCAAUCAGAGCCUUAGAGUUCACUGCCCACAUUCCCCACGCGCCUUUCCUCCGGUGCUGCUGGCCUUGGUGCUGAUCCUCCACCGGCUCUCUCCACGGUGCUGACCUGUCAAGAUACCAAUUCAGGAAAUAAACGUUGUGAAGUAUUUUCCCCAGCAUUUGGCGUUGGCACACGUGUCGUCUCUCUCCCGUGGUGUACCGAUUCCCGAUCGGGCCGCCACAACACACACUCAUACACACACACACACACACACACACACACACACACACUCAUACACACACAC